CCCUCCACCACCACCAACACCACCCCCUCCCCCCCCCCUCGUUUGAGUGGCUCUGCCUAGGCUGGUGCAGUCUGAGGGAUGGGGGGUUAGAGCCUGCACCGUCCAACUACCUGUGUGGCCCCCGCAUGGAGGACAGUGGACAGGGAUGCGUUUGAUGCAGGACAUCUUAUCCGAGACAGGAAUGCUUCCUCAGCAUUUUAUCGGACAUGCCGACGUUACGACAUUUUAUUGACAACAUAAUAAAAGGAGUAAGACAGCCCACAUGAAGACAACUUCAGCAACACUGCAUGUGGAGUGAUUUUCUGUUUAUUUUCUCUUUUUUUGAAAGCGCGAGGCAGUUUAUUUAGCGCAGAGUUAACUUAAAAAGAGAUCAAAUGUGGUUAAUUUGAAUUAUUUUUUUUUUUUACAUUACUUUGUGUUAGAGGUAGGAGGACAUGAGUUGCAGUGCGUAAUAGGAGGAGGAGUGGACGUUGGGACGCAACGCUGCUCUUGUGUUGAUAGUCGGAAUAAAACAUGACAGUCCUGUUAUUGCCUACCUGGAGCACAGUUUGACCAUAUCUGACAAAGAUGGUGUCUUCCUCCAUCUGUGUCUCCCUGUCAUCUAGGCAUUGCAUGUGCCAACUUUUUUCUGUGAAUAUGCCUUUGUGAGAAACUCUCUGGCUCGUCACCCUCGCCGGGAUUCCCCGCAAUAUUUUCAACAAGAGACGAGAAAAAAAAAAUCUGCAAAAAUGGACAAAGAAAGUAUUGGUACUCAGUAUGAGCCUGUGGCCGAGAUUGGAGAAGGCGCUUAUGGGAAAGUGUACAAGGCGAGAGAUUUGAAGAACGGGGGACGGUUUGUAGCCCUAAAAAGAGUUCGUGUCCAGACGGAGGAGGAGGGGAUGCCUCUUUCCACUAUCCGGGAGGUGGCGGUACUGAGGCAGCUUGAAGCCUUUGAGCACCCCAAUGUUGUGAGGUUGUUUGAUGUGUGCACUGUCUCUCGAACUGACCGAGAAACCAAACUCACUCUGGUCUUCGAGCAUGUGGAUCAGGAUCUGACCACCUACCUGGAGAAGGCCCCUGACCCCGGAGUACCGCCUGAGACCAUCAAGGAUAUGAUGUACCAGCUGCUCCAGGGGUUGGACUUCCUGCACUCACACCGUGUGGUCCACCGUGACCUGAAGCCCCAGAAUAUCCUGGUCACCAGCGGAGGACAGAUCAAAUUGGCCGACUUUGGCCUAGCCCGCAUCUACAGCUUCCAGAUGGCUCUCACCUCUGUGGUGGUGACACUGUGGUACAGAGCCCCAGAAGUGCUGCUCCAGUCCAGUUAUGCUACACCAGUGGACCUGUGGAGUGUCGGCUGCAUCUUUGCUGAGAUGUUCAGGAGAAGACCGCUAUUUCGAGGAAACUCAGAUGUUGAUCAGCUUGGAAAGAUUUUUGAUGUUGUUGGGGUACCUUCAGCAGAGGACUGGCCCCAGGAGGUGGCCCUACCGCAGAGUGCCUUCACCCCCCGCCCCCCUAAGCCAAUAGAAGACUUGGUUCCAGACAUGGACGAGCAAGGACGGGCCCUCUUAAUGCAAUUCCUCGCCUUCAACCCCUCCAGGAGGAUAUCAGCCUUCGCUGCGCUGAGCCACCCCUAUUUUCAAAGUGUGGACAGCCACAGUAGAAGCGUGUACGCAGCCCAGCCCAUCCCCAGCAACAAGCCCACUAUGGAAGAGAGGACUGCCUGACAGUCCUCCUUCACCCUUAAUCAUCCCAUGCAGUGCCUAUAAAAAGCAUUCAGCUUACUGCCUCUCAGUCUGCUUCAUGUUUCAUUGUUUUUACAGCGUUAAAUCAAAGUGUGUUAAUUAACAUUUUUUGACACUGAUCAGCAGGUAAAUCUUAAAUGUCAAAGUGAAAACAAAUCUGUAGAGAUUGAUGAGAUAUAAGUAGAAAUAUAGAACACAAACUAAAUGAUUAGACAGGUAUUCACCCUCUCAAGUCAGUAUUUAGUAGAGGUACCUUCGGCAACAAUUACGGCCUUGUAAGUCGAUGUGGUUGAAUCUGCAUCAGUGUUGUACAUUUGAAUAGAGCAAUUUUGUGUUUACGAAAGUGGUUAAGCUCUGUCAAGUUGCAUGUUGAGCAUGACUGAACGGCAGUUUUAAGCUCUGCCUGAAACUUGGAUUAUGAUUCUUCCAUAUUUUUGCCAUUGUUUAAGGACUGACUUUACCGUGCUCUGUUCUCACUGCCUUCACAUUUCACUGGCAUUGUUAUCCUUCCGCUGAUUCAUCCUGUUUGACGUUUAACUAAAAAUUACAUCUUGAUUACACACAGGGGUUCGCCAUUCUACCUGUUAUUCAACUUCUAAAAAAAAGUUAACCAUGUCAUAGUUAAGAGGGAGAAUACCUACACUGUCAUUUGGGAAAUUUUGUUUUCUCUUUGACAUUAAGGACACUUUUUUCUGAUAAUCAGUGUCAAAAAAAAGCUUAAUCAACUGUGAUUCCAUGUUGUAUAUAAACUCAAAAGCAAAACAUGAACUAGGCCAAGGGGGCAAAUACUUUUUAUAGUCAAUGUACAACUCUCUGGGAAAGUACUCCGAAAAUGAGGG